CUAACAUAACCACAACCUCAGUGCUGCUGCAUAAAGAGAGCAUUAGCUGUUAGCUGGGCAAACUAAUGAAGUGCUAAGCGUCAUACAUGUCUCCAUAGAGCCCCACACUCAUCAGAAAAACAGAAGUAAGAAAACCAGAAACCUCAAUCACCAACAUCACAUUCAGGUUGAUGCUGACUGACAAAGAAGUAUAUUUUCGAAGUUUCUGUGUAGAGUUUCAUGCUGAAUGGCAACGAUGUCGAACAACAGCACCACGUUAUGGGAUGACAUGACACCCAGCAUCACCCUAACAACUGAAGAUUUUGUAAUAGAUCCUGAUGGAGCCCCAUGUGUAUAUGAAAUCCAUGCAAGCCGUUUUGUCCCAGUGCUCUACUCGCUGUUCUUUGUGGUCGGCUUCCUGGGCAACAUGCUGGUGCUGUGGGUGAUCCUGAGAUGUGCUCAUAUGAAAAGCAUGACUGACGUGUCUCUCCUGAACCUGGCCAUCGCUGACCUUCUACUAAUCUUCACUCUCCCCUUCCUGGCUCACCAUGCUAGAGGUAGCUGGGUUUUUGGUAAUGGCAUGUGCAAGCUGGUCCUUGGUGUGUACUACAUCGGAUUUUACUCUGGCAUUUUCUUUAUCGUGUUGAUGAGCAUAGACAGAUACUUGGCUAUUGUCCAUGCUGUGUUUGCCCUGAGAAUCCGCACAAAGGCUUGUGGGAUUUUAGCCAGCAUGGCUAUUUGGAUUGCAGCUAUUGCAGCAUCAUUUCCUGAGCUACUGUACCUUGGGGUCGAAAAUAACGUGACUACAGUUUGUAGUGCUUAUCCAAAGAAUGAUGACCACAAUGAUGUUAGAAGUUCAGCCUUCAUAAAAAUGAACAUUUUGGGCCUGCUAUUUCCGCUGAUUAUUGUGGGAUUUUGCUACUCGAUGGUGCUCCAGAGGCUUCAGACCCUUCGUACAUCAAGAAAACUGGCCAUCCGGCUUGUUGUCACGGUCAUGGUGGUCUUCUUCUUCUGUUGGACACCGUACAACAUUGCAGCAUUCCUCAAAGUACUGGAGCUGAAGGGAAUUUUGGAGCCAGAAUGUGAGCUCAGCAAAAAGAUACAGCUGAUGCUGCAAGCCACUGAAGCCAUAGCGUACUCACACAGCUGCCUUAAUCCUUUCCUCUACGUGUUUGUGGGGGAAAAGUUCAGGAGGCACCUCUCCAGGCUCCUCCUCCAGACACCAUGCGUCCAUGUUCAGUGUAUGAAGAUCUACAUGACCCGGGCCGCAUCAUCUGUGUAUUCUUCACAGACUACAAGUGUAGACGAACGCUCACUUGGCAUCUGAAUGGAGGAACAUGAAAUCUUUUUUUUUUUUUAAAACUCAGCUUUUAAAUGUACAUUCAGUUUAUAUGUCCUAGUGAAAAUGAGGAAAAUGAGAAUUUGUAUUUGUGUUAUAUAUCAAUCCAUUUAGGUAAAUAAGGAGUAAAAUUUUCAUUAAUGUGGUACCCUGGCACCUGGAAAUGAUUUCAAUGGCAUAAAUAGACUGUAAUUACAUUUUAGAUUAAAGCCUGGAUUUUACUUGAUUUAAACUCCAACACAAGAUUGCUACUGAUGGUUGAUUGAUUGAUCUCACAAUUAUAUAGCAUAUUUACUAUAGUAUACUUAGUAUAUAUAGUAUAUACUUAGUAUACUAUAGUAUAUACUAUACUACUAUUAUAUACAUUUCUUGAGAAAAAAUGCUUAUUAUCUUGUUACCCCUCAUGUAGCAUUCAAAUAUAAGAAAGUGUCUGUCUUGUAUCCCAGUUUUUGGCUCACCUACUUUCUAAUAGCAGAUCCAAGUUUUCUGGAGACACAGCUCAAACACUGCCAACCAUCACGAUGACAGUGGAAACUGUCUCUUGACUGAAGGUAAGCUUUUGCUCUGACAUGCCAUCUAGUGGAUGUGACUUUGAUCCCUUAUAGGUUACAUUCAUAUUAAAUAUUCAGGUAAAUAUGCCAAAACUGUCCACUUAUGUGAUUUACAGGUAACAUUCCAAGAUAAAGAUUUGUCCUAAUGUUAAAAAGUGUAUGCUUGAGGCUCCCACCUCAGUGACAAGGAUUGUUAUAUAUAACACCAUCCCUACAGUGAAACAUGCUGGUGGUGAAAUCAUGUGUUAAAUCAUUAAAAUUAGUUCCGGAUUAAAAAAAAGGUUGUGAUUGCAUACUAAUUCACCCCCAUUGUUGUGAAACCCCUAAAUUAGUUCGGGCUCCCCCAGCUGCCAUCACCAAGCCACAUAAUUAGUUUAGUAUUAUGGGCUUGUUUAAUAUAGAGUUACGACAAACAAUCAAGAAUUAAGCCUAUUUUAGUUCCAGGUUGAAACACUACAGGGAGGGUUAAAUACUUAUGGUAGCCAACGAAUGUAAAUACAGUCCUGCUCACCAUUAAUGGUACCCUUGAUGGUUAUGUAGAUAUGUGGAAUAUCUCCUGAAAAAGUUAAUCAAUGAGAAACACCUUUUUUCUACAGAGAACUGGUGUUUGAUACAAAAGAGCUGAUAAACAACAAUUAAAAAAAAAACAAAAGGAGAAAAAAAUCUGAAAAACUUAAAGCUUGCUGUGACACUGGAGACUGAAGACAAAGGAGCUGUCUGAGGACAUCAGAAGUGCUAUUAUUAGCAAACACAAGACCUCCAAAGGGUAUAAGGCAAUCUCCAAAGACCUUGGUAUCCCUGUUUCAACCGUACGCAAUGUUAUUAAGAUGUUUGCCAAGCAUGGAACUGUCAAGAACCUCCCUGGAUGUAGGGGAAAGAGGAGUGGUGGAAAAAAUACCACGACUAACAUCCAAAGACCUGAAGGCCAACCUGGAACAGUCUGGGGUCAUGGUUUCAACAAGUACCGUACGUCGCACACUAAACCAAGCAGGGCUUCAUGGGCCAAGGCCAAAGAAAACACCACUGCUGAAGAAAAGACAUAAAAAGGAAUGACUGGUCUUGGACAAACCACAAUCCUUCUGGGAAAAUGUUCUGUGGACAGAUGAAACAAAAACAGAGCUUUUGGCAAUGCGCACCAACAGUUUGUUUACAGACGACGCAAUGAAGCUUAUAAGGAAAAGAACACCGUACCAACAGUUAAGCAUGGUGGAGGAUCCAUAAUGCUGUGGGGGUGCUUUGCUGCGUCUGGUACUGGAGGCCUUGACCGUAUCACAGGAAUCAUGAAAUCAGAGAAUUACCAAGAGAUUUUGGAGCGAAAUGUCCUACCUAGUGUAAGAAAACUUGGUUUGAGUCGAAGAUCAUGGGUCCUCCAGCAAGACAAAGACCCAAAGCACACAUCCAAAAGCACGCAGGAAUGGUUGAAAAGUAAAAAAUGGACUGUUUUAAAAUGGCCAGCAAUGAGUCCUGAUCUCAGUCCCGAUUGAGAAUCUUUGGGGUGAGCUGAAAUCUGCCAUUGGAAAAAAAGAACCCUGCAAACAUUCAAGAGCUUGAACAAAUUGCAAAGGAAGAGUGGGAGAAAAUAACA